GCCACCCAAACCAACAUAAGAAGAAGACAAAAGCUCGCUACUUUCACCUCAUAGGUACUAGGUCGCGCGUUAUUGGUCGCCAGAGCUCGAGCAGUGUAUAAAGGUACACUCCACAACUACAAGUGCAGGAGCACCGCCGCCGACCUCCACCUUGCCUUCCGAUUAUUAAUAUUCUAAAUGGUUGAUUGUAGCCCUGCCCUGUAACACGAAAAGUUAGCCUCAAGAAGGAAAUUUAGGUGAUGACUAGUUAUACAACAACCAUGGAGGAAUGUGCACCACAGCCUCUAUCAAGACCAAACAGUAUCGAUGACAGGAGGACCUGUUGGGUUUGCUUUGCCACGAUAGAAGAUGACCGGUCAGCGGAAUGGGUCAGGCCGUGCCGCUGCCGAGGAACAACAAAGUGGGUACAUCAGAUGUGUUUGCAACGCUGGAUCGAUGAGAAACAGCGCGGUAACAGCAUGGCCAAGGUCAUGUGUCCCCAGUGCAAUGCAGAGUACUCCAUCACAUACCCUGAGCUUGGUCCCAUUGUAUACAUCUUAGACUUGGUGGAUAGGUUCAUUUACAAGGUUUGCCCGUUUGCAGCGGGAGGCAUCGUUGUAGGAUCGGUCUACUGGACGGCCGUUACCUACGGCGCUGUCACCGUCAUGCAAGUCCUGGGCCACAAAGAGGGACUGGAUGUGAUGGAACGAGCGGACCCCCUCUUCCUACUCAUCGGCUUACCCACAAUACCCGUUAUGCUCAUCCUUGGUAAGAUGGUUCGAUGGGAGGACUACGUCCUGCGGCUUUGGCGGAAGCACUCGCCCAAGCUGCCCUUCUGGAAUUACCUGUUCCCGGAAGAAAGCAUCAAGACGCCGAUUGUUCCAAGAGUCCCGACGGAGCCUCAGCCGAUCUCCGAUCCCAUCUCGGCGACGAGAGUCCUCUGCGGUGCUCUCAUCUUUCCAACUAUUGCUACCAUGUGCGGGAAGCUUAUGUUCAGCUCAUUAACAUCUAAUCUGCAGAGAACGAUAUUGGGCGGAAUAGCAUUUGUCGCGAUCAAGGGUGCUCUCAAAGUAUUCUACAAACAGCAGCAGUAUCUGCGCCAGGUUCAUCGCAAGGUCCAAGAUUUCCCAGAGGAAAGCCGGUAGCCUUCAGCCAUCAAAUGCCCUAUUACCCUUUCUCUCCUUUCAAUGUGAUCUUCAGAUCUUCACUCUUCAUGUUAAGGUGGUACAGACUUGAGUCAUGGUUAAUCUCUCCUACAUGUGAUUUUCUGUGCAGAUAUACCACUGCAUUUCUGUUAGUAUUCCGACUCCAUUAUUCAAGAGUAGAGUGUCAUUUUGAAUGUGAUGAAUGCAGCGAAGCUACAGCCCUGCAGUGAGAAGUGUUCAAAGAGCUAAAGCUAUGUAACAUCUAAAAAAUGUGAAAUUCUGACAGCAACCCUGUAAAUUGCAUGAUGUGUACAGCCAGAAGGAUACAUCCAUGGUCUGCUUUGAUGGAGACGAGUGCCGAUUCUCAGACGAAUUUCUGAAUUCCGGCCUUGGCAUGGUGGAAAAUUGAUUUUCAGGUCAUGAGCUUUGAAUCGGCUUCUUGUGUUCAAACCAGCUAAUUUCUGAGUGAUCUUCAGAAACAAAAUGAAUUCUCGCUCUGGCAUGCCAGAAUGAAGUUAUACUGAUAUGUAGUUUUUCUGUAGAAGAUUUGCAUGAACUUGGUAAAAGGGCCGUUCCAAAGAUCUGAAAGCUUGAUCCAUCCCAAUCAUUAGAUUGGCGGAGCGCUGGUUUUAGGAAUCGGUUUAAAUCAGGAGCAGUGUGGUAAGAGCAUUGUGAGGACAGGCCAACAGCAAGGGCCCGUUUCAUGAAGGACUUGCAACUGUUUUUAACUUUGCCAUUAUGGCAACUACCAUGGUAACAGGACUCGGCAGCCAAUCAUAAUCAAGGUUUCCAUGGUAGUUGCCGUGAUGGCAAAGUUACAACAGUUGCAAGUCCUUUAUGAAACGGGCCCCAGAUGUUCACUUUAGAUCGAGAAGAUUGGCAUGAAAUUUUGAAUUCUUUCAAGAUGUCAUGCCAAUCUUCCCGAUCAGAUACCGCCCAUUUUGAACUGUGGGAAAAUGGAGUGUCAAUGACGUGUGGACUUAUCCAAUCCGGUCUUUCCAGACGUACUAACCGCAGCACCUGGAUUUAAAGUGAACAAGACAAAGUUUAUCCCAAGGAACUUUCUUUUGCCCUCUGAGAAUGUUUAAAGGCUCCUUUUCUUUUUCCCAAUCCUGCCCAUUCUGUAGAAUUGCCAAAUAGUAGCAAGGUCUGCAUAGUGGAGCACGGGAAGGAUAUGGUACUAAUGACUCCCGUGGGAACUCGGCAGGACAGCGUUUUACUGGUAUAUGCCAAGCUGGUGUAUAAACAAUUACCUAGGAAACAUUUUUACGUCUUGGUUUAAUCAGUCAUAGUGGUUGACCUUUAUAUAAACGACAGAUAUUACUCUGGUCUUUUUAUCAAAGUGGAGAUAAUGGCAGAGUGGGGAUUCGAACUCGCAACAUUGCGAUUAGGAGUCCGAUGCUCUAACCACUGGACCACACAACCCAUAGGAUAUUGCCACAGUGUGAAGAAAGAAAAAUAAAGUGAAGUUUUUAUUUUCUAUCUUUGGUCCCUGGGUAUGUCUGAUCAAUAAUAAUAAUAAUAAUAUGUCCAUUUAUAUAGCGCAGUUACUAUGUGCAUAACUGCGAUUUGAUCCUUGGUAUCAGAUUAUCCCGGCCGUAGCUGAGCCGCCAGUAAUAGGCGCUAAAGUGUUUGAGGUAUAAAUCCUACCGGGUACCCAUUCACCUCACCUGGGUCGAGUGCAGCACAAUGUGGAUAAAUUUCUUGCCGAAGGAAAUUACGCCAUGGCUGGGAUUCAAAUCCGUGACCCUCUGUUUCAAAGUCCGGAGACUAUUCCACUGGGCCACAAUGCUCCACAUCCAUACACACGUAGAGUGCUAUUUAGGAUUGUUCUGCUCUUAUUCGAGUGUAAAAAUUUUCAAUGCCGCCGAUGCAUAGCGUAAUUGGUUUUAGGCAAUCGAUUCUUGAAAUUUUUCGUAAUCAUAAGAUUGAGGACCAUACUUUAUUUCAAUACUGGAUGAAGUCCCAUGAUUUCUUUACCAACAGAGCAUCAAGAUUAUUGAAAUAUGUACAAAGAGAUGAUUGAGCUUGCAGAAAUAUUCAUUCGAUAUGCAUUGAAAAUUGUGUUUGUGUACAGUACCUGCUUGUCGGGUUGUAAAGAAUUGAUGAUAAAUGUAAAUUAUUUAUAAUUUUCUAGAAUGUAUAUACAGCAUACUGUCUUAUGGGAUAAAUAGUACAGGAAAAAUGUAGUGGAAACACGAAUGAGAAAUGGAGCUAUGUAGAUCGCGUACGGUCAGGAGUAGUCUGACUUUAAUUGGAUAAUGGGUUAUUUUGAGUUGUACUCAAAGCCACGAUUUUUUCAGCCACACUUUGUACAGUUGAAUUUGUAUUCGAAUUUGAAAAGGUGUUUAUUAGAAACCACAUGGCAGCCCAACGCUGAAUUGGGUGGAAUUCACAUCACAUGAUAAAUUACAACACAAAUAUGCAUGUAAAAAUUACAACAUCUUCAAAUCAUGAACAAAGAUUGCUAUCAAUGGAAGGAAAUCAAGAAAGAAAUCAAGAAAACUUAGGCUUAGAAAGAAACAGGGGGUAUAGGCAGAUUAAGAAGCUAAAGGGAGGGGGGGGAGGGAGAGUAUCCUGAAAGCCAGAGGUAGAUGGAUGAGGGAUAUAAUGGAAAGUGAAAUGUAACAAAGGAAAAAUAAACAUAUAAAUCAUAUGAAUGCAAAUAAAUUUUAAGUUGAUAUUCAAAUCAAAAUAGAAUACGGUAAUUUAAAAAUUCUUAAAAAUAAAAGAAACCACGCUGAUGAGUAUUAAUGGUAUAUAAUGUGGAUUAAAGGUAUUCAAAUCGAUUUCAGUUUAAGAUAUCGGGUAAAUAAUGUUAUACGAUUUCAUAAAAUUGGGGAGACUUCAAAAAUAUUAAGUGGUAAAUCUGCACUUUGAGUGAAGCAAAUAUAGGUGUCACACCAGUAAACAUUUUCCCAUGAAUAAGCAUUAAAGAAUACAAAAAUUCAUAUAAAAUAAGGUUUAAAUUAGGGAGUCUAAUAUUUAUUAUAUCCUACAUGAAUUAAAUUCUGUAUUGUGAUUGGUUUGAAUAACAUCACGUGACCAAAGAUAUUCUAACUAUGAUGUUGAGAAAACAAACCGACCAUAAAGAGAAUUUGCUAUGCGGUGACGUCAGUUAUAGAAUAGUGCACUCAUCAUUGACAUCACAGAUUAUGCGCUCUCUCUUACGCACCGGAAAUCGAUAGGCCAGUCAACGCAAGUAACUGCAGUGCAGCGCUUGCUUUAGAUUUGAUUCAGAUUGGGGAUGAACCACAAGGACUAGAUUGAGAUCCAUAGUUCUAACUUAUCAAAUGGAGGAUUUAAAGCAAAUAUAACAGGCGUUUCUUCCAUAAGUAUAGAGGGAAUUAUCUAUCCCUGGUUGGACUGGUAAUAAUACUAUUUUCCCAUGGGCUUCCCCCCCCCCCCCCAGUAAAACUAAUAAUUACCAGUCCAAUCUCGGGACAAACAAUUGCUGCUAUGCUUCCUCAAACCUUUGUAUAUUUGUAUGCUAUCGGGAGACAAGAAAUAUAUCUGAGAUUCAUAUCUGAGACCAUACAAUACAAUAUUGUUAUAUUCUUGGUUGUGAUGUCACCUCAGUUAUAUUCGGCUUUAUAAGCUGAAUAAUAAGACAGUUUGUUUGAUGCUCAUGCUAUUCUGUACUUGUACACGCUUGAUGUGUUUCACGACAUGUCGUAGCCACAUCCCAUCAUGCAGUGCGAGUUUUGUCAUGUAGCCAUUUUGCAGACUCUAAAUUGUGAGUCUACAUAGGCAGCGUAUAGCAGAUACUGCUUGGUCUACGCAUUUCCUCAAUGCUGUGGGCAAAACAUAAUCUUGUGUGAAAAAUAUAACUCUGUCGGGGAAAUGAAAUGUUAUAUUACAUAGGUUAUGUACAUGUAGAUUCGAAUAAGUGAUAGGUCAAUACGCCAUCACGUGACCAUAGCUGCGAGGAUCGCAUUUGUUAUAUUCUGGGUUUUGACGUCACCUCAGUAGAUAUAACUGCGUUGUAUUGUCAAUUGCGGCGUUAUAUUCACUAAGGUGACGUCACUCGCUGCUUACAAGUUGCGUAAUCAGGUAGUUUUAUGUACGCGCUAGUGUUAACGCGUCGAUUGCAUGAAGAAUGCGCUUGAUGUAUUUUCAAAAUAUUUUCUAUUAUGACGUAGAUGGAUCAGAGCUGUAGCAAGAAUUUCGGGUUGGAGCAAGAUGAUGAAUGCAAUAUCUGAUGGCGAAUCCAGAUAGACUAUAUAAUAUAACAGAUAUUGCCUGGUCUAUCGUUUAAAUAAAUAAAAUUUCAACUCGGGAGAAUAUUUUCCCUCAGCGCUGUGCGCUUCGGGCAAAAUAUAAUCCCUUGGGAAAAAUAUAACUCCGUCGGGGAGAGGAAAUGUUAAUUGUAUUCAAACUCUAGGUAGGCAAUAUCUGUAUAAUAUUCAUUGUCAAGGCAGGCAAUUUCCUCUUUUCUUUCUUCAUUUCCUUGAGAAAGAUCUAGAUUUCCUGGAAUUUUGAUAAUUUCCUUCAAGAUGGAACCACUGGAUGUCCUCUUCUUGUAUCUUCAUCUAGAUGAGAAAUUUGAUGAUUUCAUGUAUUGUACUUGCCAAAAUUUUCUUUAUGAGUAAACAUAGAUUUUUAAGUUCAGACUAUGAACAAAAUGUGGGUGCCCCUUCCAAACAGAGUUGUUCUAACUAAAAAAAAAUGUGAUCUCCAGUCCCUUAUACUCACUUUUUAUUUGUUGAAAAUCAGUCUUGAGCCCUUUCUGUGUAAUUUCUCCCAGAAUCUGAUAUUCAUCCUUUAUAGAUUUGUCUCAUUUUUGCUUUCUAGUUAUCAAGACAACAUUAUUUAACAUAGCACACUCCACUGUUACGCAUAAAAUUUUAUCUGAUUAUUUGUGUUAAGAGUGUCUCAAUGUAUCAGUUUUUAGCAACAUUCACGUUUACCCCUUAUAUAUAUUAAACAACCUUAUGGCUAGCAUUACUGAUACCACUGCACUGUUAUAUGCACAAAAGAAUGCAUACCUGUAGCUCUACAUGUGUUGCAGUAUAUAUAUUGUUAAUUGUGCACAUUUCAUAUAUUCAUUUCAUAUAUACGCUUUAUAGAGAAUCUAUAAAAUGCCCUUCAUGACAUUCAAGUCUCUGUUGAGAGAUGGUCAAUCAAAACAGCAGUUUCAUCCAUGACUAUGGACGAACAACAUAUUUGCAAUUUUUUGUCAGCUUCGAAGCGUGGCACGAAACUGCUGUCCUGAUUCACCAAAUUUUGACAAGAUCUCCCAGGUUUUCAUUGUGAUUUGAGUUGCAUUUUCAAUUCAUUUGCUGCUUGCUAGGAUUGAUUCUGCAUUGCAAUGAGAAAAGUCCCUAGUAUGGCCAUUAUAAAGGACUCCUACACUAGAGAUUAAAAUACAUGGUUUUCCAGUAAUACAUAUCCAAGUGCAAUUUUGUCAGCCCAGAAUUGUUUUCUUUAUGAUAUUAAUAAUGAUGUUUAGUUGAAAGCUUGUAUAUUCCUCGCCUGUAAUCUAGGCGGAGGGAGGCUGCGGCUUUUGUCUCUGCCUUUAUACGAGUCUGAUAUGGAAGACUAUAUGCAUGUGUAAUGGAGUUAUGGAGCAGUCACCGCCUAUGCACUGCGGUCUUGCGUUACUUUUUGUUGCGUUUUUAUCGACCAGGAAUCUGUGUGGGUUUCCAUUAAAGAAAAACUAUCACAUUCAUCAAUAAAGAGAAAACAGGUCACUUCUCUUAAGUGUGCAAAAAAUGUGUGGUUUUAUAAACACUCUUAAUUUCAUGCUAAACAUAAUGAUAAAAGUUAUGACAGGGUCUCGCAGUCAUGAGUUUUUUUUUCUUUUCUUUCAGUACCAUAUCACAGCGACUUUAUGUCAAGCACACAAUUGAUAUUUAGAUUAUAUUGUUGUAGUUUCCUUCGUCAUCGAUUGGAAUCUGACUUGCCUGUUGUAUACGGUUUAAACACAAUAUAGAAUGGGCUUCACAACUCUUUGCAGGCCAUUUUAUUUACCCAUGAUCUACAUUUCUAUAUCCAUGUAUAUUGCUGUUCAAAAAACCAUUAAAAUUUCUUUAAACUCCAGUAUUUUAUAUUUAAAGAGCAAUACUGCAUUUUCAUUAAUUUGUAUUAGAUAUACAUGUAUUAAAUGUAAAUGUUUGUGUAUAUUUAAAUCUAUAAGACAUUAAAUGAGCAUUACUCGCGAA